AUGUCGAAGCACAAGGAAAACUCCACGCUUCACUUCCUGAUCAUUUAUGAUGAUCAUCAACUGUUGAAGACCAAGGCGGAGUACUUCUACCACAAAUACCUGAAACGCAACGGAUCAGGGAUUGCCGCUUUCGACGUGGAGUACGACGACUUCGCCAACCUGUGUGGUCAAGGAAAAUUUAAGCGUCUGAAGGCCAUAAAAGACGUUGUUGCGACCAAAGCCUGA